AUAUUCAUUGUUGUCAUAUGUGAUAAUGUUACCCUGAGAAUGGUUGAGGAAAAGCUAUAUGCUUCCAUUUGAUAUCAGAGAAAUUUAAUCGUAUCAUUUCUUCCUAACUUGCUUGAAACCCUUCGUAUAUAGAAUCAAUUUAAGGGCUUCAAUGUAGAUGGGAUAAUCUUUAUCGACACUGUAGAGUGGAGACCAUCGUCACCCUGUAGAGUGGAGACCAUCGUCGCGUUCAAGCAUCCUCACUUUGUCUCCAGAAUCUUUAUCUAUAUUCAACAUCUAAAGACUAAAUGUUCAAUUUAGAGGAGAGAAGUAAUGCAUGGUUAACGAUCCUUCCUGAUUAUAUAUGCCGAUCAACAGCUUAAGGAUAUAUAGGUGAAUGUGGCACUACGUUCUCCUGGCCUUGGAUGCCUCAUCCCAAUCUUAGAACUCGUCGUUUGAGGAUAUACAGGAAUCUAAAUGACAAUUCUAAGCCCGAAUGCGUAUCUAUAGAAGCUGACACCCUUAAAUCCGCAUGAAUGACGACAGGGGAAACUCAAUCCCUAAUGUCGAAGUACGUCAUUGGAUAUGAGGGGUGAUUUUUGAAACCUGAAUGUAAAGCGCUGAAUAUCUCCAUUAGUUCCCCUUUACCGCUUUCCGUUUUCGUUUUCGUGCAAUGCGCCUCUCUCACUACUCGAUCUGGAGAAGUCGGCUCUGGAUUUUCCGCCAGUAAGCCAUGGCGGUGCCGGAAGCUCCUCUCUGCUACGUCGGAUUUGCUGGCCAAUCCGCCGCGUUCCGCCUCUUGAAACAAAUGGGGGUGGGAAGAAGGAGCAGGGCUAGGGAAAGAUAAGCAAAGGAUUAAAUGAUAUGUUAAGAGUCAAAACAAAGCAGCGUAUCGUAGAUAAUGCAAGUAGUAGUACCUCAGUUGAGAAUAUAUGCAGAGGAUUCUGUUGAAUGUGGGCCCCCGCAAAAUCAAUUUGUGCUGAUGUGGUGAAAUUGGAAAAUGCUAAAGCAAAAGUGAUUGUAAACAACUUCUUUGGCAGGUGUGCAGAUUACGCAUGCUAUAUUAAAUUAUGCUAUUUAUUUUUCCUCUAAUUGACUCUGCAUUUUGGAUGAAUCAGAAUAAUUCAACUUAUUUGGUGAUGAACAUAUGUUGUUAAUCUUAUCAUGUUUCUCUUCAAAGAAAGAUGCGCUUACUUGAGACGAAAGGCAAGCUCUUGGAUGUUUUAUUUCUCUUGUAAAGUUUUAGCUAGUUCUUGUCAAAUUUUUCAUGGUCUAAAUGAUUUUGAUUUCCUUUAAACAUUGGAUGAAACUGAGACUUCUCUACUGCUUUUUAAACCAUAUAUCUUACAGUUAAUGAUCUUAGGAUCCUUUAUGAAUGUAUAUAUGAUGUUGAAAUCAUCUAAUUAUUUAAUCACCAAAGCUGUAAUACGUUUGGAUCUGACAUUUUUGGCUGUUCCACAGUUUAAAGGUCAUAGAAAGUUUUCUUCAUAGGCCUGGACACCAGACAGUAGGUGAGUAAGUCCAUCUUCUGGAAGUGGGUGUGUGCGUUUUGUUUGGAUUUUGAUCUUACUUUAAUGGCUUGUACUUGUAGCUGAGAAUGGAAUACUAUCUUUUACAUUUUUGAUGUCGUGCAUUUAAUUUAUGCUAUUUGCUAUAGGUUUAAACUUUUUUCUUCCCCUUCAAAACAGAUAUUAUAGGUCUAAGCUUACCCCUUUUUUUUUUUUUCAAAUAAUGUUUUGUACUUCAA